AUGCUGCAAAAUCUUACCGAAUACACGCAGGCAUUUACCGUCCCAUGGGCCCGCAAGCUCUCAGCUAAAGAACAAAAUGAGGUCGACCAUUAUCGUACCCUUCGCGAACGCGACCAAGAAGGACCCCACUACUCAGUCCUAGACUCAUCUUCCUCCUCGGCCAAAAAGGGCAGUGCCGCGCGAGUGAAUUUUGAUCCUUUCACCGGCAUGCCUUCUUACUCCGGACGAUACCAGAAGAAACGACGAAUGCUACCACAGAUUGAGCCUACUGGGCGGCCAUAUGAAUACAUUAUGAAAUAUUUCCCUCGUGAACUUUGGCAAACCAUUCAACCCACUUUCCGACCAGAUGUUGACUUGGAUGGAUACAAGCCCAUGGCGGGCUCCAGCGGUAUGAAGCGUGGUUUUGAAGACGAUGAAGAUGAUGGAGACGACGAUACAAAGAAGAAGCGUGAAGCCGGCGAUGGAGAUGAGGAAGGAGAUGGCGAGGGCGAAGAGGGUGAUCUGCUUGACGAGGAAGAAGGUCAAGAGGAGUGGGAGGAGGAGAAUGACUUUGAAGAUGACGAAGAUGAAAUGGGUGGUGAUUACAAUGCGGAGCAGUACUUCGAUGGUGGUGACGAUGAUUAUGGCGAUGAUGAUGGCGGAGAUGGCGGUGGUGAGGACGUGCUUUGA